AUGUUAGCUAAUUGGCUCAGGAGCACAAGGAGUUGUCAUAUUAUUCGCUUGCUUAAUGCUUUUACUCCACAAAAUUCGUUGGAAGAGUUUGACGAUUUAUAUUUGGUUAUGGAACUUAUGAAUGCUAGUCUUUGUCAAAUGCUCUGUGGAGUAAAUUAUAUGCAUAAAGCGUCAAUUGUUCAUAGAGAUUUAAAACCUAGUAAUAUUGUGGUCAAUUAUCAAUGCCGAUUAAAGAUUCUUGAUUUUGGACUUGCGCGUAAUGUCGAGGAUGAAAAUAUUGUUGUUACGCGUUAUUAUAGAGCACCAGAAGUUAUUUUAGUUGAUGUAUGGGCUAUUGGAUGUAUUUUUGCUGAAUUGUUAACUAGAAAACCAGAAGUUCGAAAUUAUAUUGGGAAACUUCCGUAUGUUGCAACUCGUGAUUGGAAAGAAAUAUUUCCUGAUAGUCUAUUCCCAAAAAAUAUUAACGACCGAUUAAAUGCUGAAAAUGCUCGGGAUUUAAUAUCUAGGAUGCUUGUAUUAAAUCCUUUUCAGAGAAUCACUGUAUCCGAUGCUUUGAAGUUUCCUUACGUCAGUCUGGUUUUUGAUGGUCCGCCACCACCUCCAUAUAUCGAUCCUGACCAUUCACCGGAUCUUUCUUUGGAACAAUGGAGAGAGUUGCUUUUCAAGCAGAUCAAAGAUUAUGAGAAUACUCAUGACAUUUUUGGCAUUCAAAGCAAUCCAGUGCCCAAUGAAAUGAGUGAAGAUGAAAAUUCAUGA